AUGACUCAAACAAUUCCUAAUAAACCAAUUAUUCUUAGUAAAGAACGUGUUGCAUUAUUAAGACAACGAGAACAACUACCAAUUCGACAAUCAAAAGACGAUAUUAUCUCUGAAUUAAAAAAACAUCAAACAAUGGUUGUGGUUGGUGAAACUGGAUGUGGUAAAACUACUCAACUACCUCAAUUUAUUUUGGAAUCAAAUAUUUGUGAAGGAAAGAAAAUUGGAGUUACUCAACCAAGAAGAGUUGCUGCUAUUACUUUAGCAGAACGUGUUUCAAAAGAAGUUGGAUGUCGUGUAGGAACUACAGUUGGUUAUAGAGUUAGGUUUGAAGAAAAAAUGUCAAAAGAUACAAAGAUAGAAUAUCUUACUGAUGGUAUGUUAUUGAGAACUGCGUUACUUGACCCUGAUUUAAAAUCUUAUGGAGUAAUUGUUUUAGAUGAGGCUCAUGAAAGAACAGUUCAUACCGAUAUUCUUAUUGGAUUGUUGAGAGGAAUUUUAAGAAGAAGAAAAGAUUUAAAAGUAGUUGUUAUGAGUGCUACAUUAGAUUCUCAAUUAUUUAGUAACUUUUUUGCUGGACCAACAUUAACAAUUGCGGGAAGACAACACCCUAUUGAAUUGUUUCAUUUAACUGAAUCUGAAGAUUCUCCUGUUGAUGCUUCUAUCACUGCUAUAUUACAACUUCAUAUGAGUGCUGGUCCUGGAGAUAUUUUAGUAUUUUUACCUGGUCAAGAUGCUAUUGAGUCUGUUGAAGCUGCAUUGCUAGAACGAAUGAAGAAUGCUCCAGCAACAGUAAAACCAAUUCAAGUUCUUCCUUUAUAUGCUGCAUUACCACCAGAACAGCAACUUCUUAUUUUUUCACCACCUCCUCCAGAUACAAGAAAGAUUGUAUUAAGUACUAAUAUAGCAGAAACAUCUGUUACUAUUCCAGGAAUGAGAUUUGUUAUUGAUACAGGUCUUGUUAAAGAAAAAGAAUAUCAAUCAAAAAUAGGAAUGGAGGCUCUUAAAACUACUUGGGUUUCAAAAGCCCAAGCAAUGCAAAGGGCUGGUCGUGCAGGAAGAGAAGCACCAGGACAGUGUUAUAGAUUAUACACAUCAAAAAGGUUUAGUGAGUUCAGUGCAACUACAACACCAGAAAUUCAACGAUGUUCAUUAGAUGGUGUAGUCUUACAAUUAAAAGCCUUAAAUGUUAUUGACGUGACUCAGUUUGAUUUUCUUCAACCACCAUCAGGGGAUAGUAUUUCUAGAGCAGAAAUUAAUUUAUCCAAAUUAGGGGCGUUAGAAAAUGGUCGUAUCACUCCAUUGGGUAAAGUCAUGGUUGCUCUUCCUGUUGCUCCUCCAUUUGCUAGAACUAUAAUUGCUGCAGCACAAUCUAAUUGUCUUGCUCAUAUUUUAUGUAUUGUUGCUAUGUUAGCUGUUGACACACAAUUUUUUGUUUCAGCACCAUCUAUUAGGGAAAAAGCACAACAGUCAAUGAGAAUGUAUUCAUCUGAUAAUGGGGAUCAUUUUAUGUUAUUAUCUUUGUAUUUAGCUUUUAAGAAAGUUGGUGUUAAUAGAAGAAAAAGGUGGUGUGUUGAAAAUGCAUUAAAUUAUAAAGCAUUAAAUACAGCAUUAUCUACACAUGACCAAUUAGUUCAAUAUUGUGUUGGGAUAUUGGAUAAAGAGCUAAAAGGAUCAACUGCGAAAGAACAAUGUACUGAAGAAAAUAUGAAAAGAAUUAUUAACGAAGCAAUUCCAGAGACAAUUAUUAAAAGUAUCAAAAAAGCAUUUUUAGUUGGAUUUCCAGAUAACGUAGCUAUUAGACAGCCCGAUAAUACGUACCUCACAACAACUCAAAAAAUAGUUCAUAUUCAUCCAAGUAGUUGUGUACAUAACAAAAAACAAAAAUAUGUUCUUUUUGCUGAACUAGUUUAUACAACAAAACCUUUUAUUCGUUCAGUUCUUUCUUUAGAAUCUGAAUUGAUUCAAGAAGAAAUGCCAAAUUUAAUUCAUGAUUGA